CCCGCUGCCUGUGCCAGGCUCUCGCAGGUGCCGGUCCGGCAUGGCGAGGCUGACAGGUGCGGAUGCGGGGAAGGCGGCCGGAGUGCCUCGGCCUCGGCGUGCAUGCGCCAUGUCCGGCGAAGCGCGAGCCGGGCGGGCAAGAAAGUCGGGCGCCGCGUGCCGCCGCUGCCUGCUUCUCAUCCUCAAGCCACGCCGCUCUCCGCCUUCUUGCUCCGCACCACAUCGUCCAACACACCAUGCCGCUCUCCGUCGACACACUCGUCAGCCUUGUGCGCCUGACCGUUGCGCACCCCGCCUCGCUACUCGCCUUUCUCGCCUAUCGCUACCAGCAGAACGCCGGCUCCAUCCCUCGCGAUGGCCUCGUGACGACGGCCUACGUCUGCCUGGCACUCUACGCCAGUUCCUGGCUCAACAACCGUCUGCGCAACGGCCUGCUCCCGCUCGCGCGCCUCAACGCCAAGACGUGGCCGCAGGAGCUCGUCUUCGUCACGGGCGGCGCCGCGGGCAUCGGCAAGCUGACGGCCGAGAGGCUGGCGCACAAGGGCGCCAAAGUGGCAGCGGUGGAUGUGGUCGACUUCAAGCCGGAGCAUGCCAACAUCAAGACGUACAAGUGCGACAUCUCGGACAUCGAGGCGCUGCAGGCUGUGCGGGAGCAGAUUGUGAAGGACUUUGGCUUGCAGGUCACCAUGGUCGCCAACAUCGCUGGCAUCAACAAUCAAAAACUCAUCCUCGACCUGACGGCGCGCGACGUCGACAGGAUGCUCAACGUCAAUCUCAAGUCGCACUUCUGGACGGCGCAGGUCUUCCUGCCCGCCAUGGUGAAGCGCAAGCGCGGACACUUCCUCAGCGUUAGCUCGACGAUGGGCCUCGUGGGCAUCUGCCACCAGAGCGACUACGUGGCGGCCAAGCACGGCAUUCUGGGCAUGCAUGAGAGUCUGCACUACGAGCUGCAGAAGAUGUACAAGACGCCGCACGUGCGCACCAGCACCGUCGUCAUCGGCCACACGCGCACUGCGCUCUUCAACACUUUCGACGUCGGCGUCGUCGGGCGCUUCCUGAGCCCCUUACUCGAGCCCUCAGCGGUGGCAGACCGCAUCGUGGCGCAGUUCGAGCGGCAGGAUGGCGGCAUGAUCCUGAUGCCGUUCACCAACGAGCUGCUGCCGGGCAUCAAGGGCUUCCCGUACUGGCUGCGCAACGUGCUGCAGGCGACGAGCGGUGCAGAUGGCGCGUAUACGUCGCGGCCGUCGCGGGAACAGCUGGGCGAGUAGGGUCACUCCUGAGAUGAGGGCAAUGCAAUGGUGCU